AUGGCAGAUCCAAUCUCUGUCACCAGCCUGGUUCUUGAUGUUGGCCACAUCCUAGCCAGCUUGAUCAAAUACGCAAAAACUGUUCAAGUUGCAAGCGUCGAAAUAAGAAGGCUGAGUGAAGAGCUAUUCGCCCUCAAAGGUAUUUUGGAGCAUGUGGCAGCACACAUGCCUGGUCAUUUGGCCACAGACGAAGAUGUGGGGACGAAAAAGGAAAGUGAAUUCGACUAUGGAAUUAUGACCAAAGUUCUACACGCAACAAACGAAUUCCUUCAGUCCAUUAUCACUGAGCUCAACAUUACAAAGGCUGGAUUGAAACGCGUGACUCAAAAAUUGCAGUGGCCCUUCACUCAAGAGAGAGUGAAAGAUCAACUCGCCCACUUGGAGAGGAUUAAGUCGUGGCUAGUAUUGGUUCUUGUCUCCGACCAAAGUUUGGCAUACAAGAGUUUUCAAGAAGAUAUCGGUGAUCUGACAACAGAUGGUGAGCUUUUUAAGUGGAUAGCUCCUGUGAAUGCAGCAAGCUCUCAUCUUCGGGCUUUAGAUCAGCACCGACCGGGGACGAGCGGGUGGUUCGUUGAUGGAAUCUUGAAAAAGUUCCUGUGGAAUACAGACGGAAAACAAGUUCUUUUCAUAUCAGGGAAAUCUGGGUCUGGGAAAACAACACUCCUUGCUCAGGCAAUAAACAGUCUUUCAUCCCUGGCGUCUCAAGACUCAACACUAUGUGUUGCUUAUUUUUAUUGCACAAUUGGUAACCUCGCUUCUCAAUAUAUACGGCACAUUUUAGGUUCACUUGUCGCACAACUUUCGGGUCGAGUACCAUCAGUAUUAGAGGAUAUCCGCCAACACUAUGCUCAGCUUCCUGAGAGUCAGGCGCAUCGACCCCCUAUCCAAACAGCUAUAUUUGAGUCUGGUAUCGUCAAAGGUACUUCGGGUGGAAGAAAGGUUAUCAUCAUGCUCGAUGCGAUUAACGAAAGUCAUGACAUGGCUCUUCUUGAAAAAUCCCUUCUCAGAAUUUCGAAAUCCUCCAGCAAUAUUCAGGUUAUUAUAACCACAGCAGAAGCAAUAAGCUUUGCCUCAGACUCCAGCGUAUCUAUCCUGAAUAUUCGUUCAGAGAUACAAGAGGACAUAUACAGCUUCAUACGAUAUCGCCUCAGAAGUGACGAGAUUUUGAAGAACUUGCCACCAUUGUUUCAGUCAGAGAUCGAAUCAACAAUCUUUCAGAAGGCCGACGGCUCAUUCAGAUGGGUUCAACUCUCGUUGGAUGAUCUUAGUGCUAAGCGAUCUAAAAACGCCAUGCGGCAAGCUCUGGAGAGCCUCCCAGGGACUUUAAGAGAGACAUAUGUGAGCAAACUGGAAGAAAUUGCUCGUGAAGACUGGGAAAUUGCCCGCAACGCACUAUUCUGGUUAAGCUUCGUCAAGGAACCUCUGAGAUUGAGUGCUCUUAAUGAAAUUGUGGUUAUAGAUGAGACAAACAUGGCUCUUGACGAAGAUGCAAUGAUUAUACUCCUUCGCAUAUGCCGAGGCUUGAUUUUUCAAGACCGUAAUGGCUUUGUGAGUCUUGAACAUCCCUCGGUGAAAGAAUUUCUGACCUCCGAUUGGAUUAAGUCCUCUCGAGUGCAGUAUUUCAGCUUGGAUUCGAGAACAGGAGACCUGAAAGCCAUGCACAUUUGCCUCACAUAUCUAUGCCUCGACAAUUUCAAAGGUGGAUGUUUAACAUAUCUUGGAAACCCGUCCAGGCUUUUCAAGGACCACCCUUUCAUGCUAUACGCCGCAAACCUUUGGCCUUACCAUGGAGUGUCUUGCAACUUUGGCAACGAUCCCUAUUAUAUGGUUCAAAAAUUAUUUUCCACGAGAUCUCUCCCUGGAGGAGAUAACUAUGGUGCUCUUCUCAGGAGUAGCGAUGCGGCAAGUCAAAUAGAUCCCGCAGCCAUCCAGAGAACGCAUCCUUUGUAUUAUGCUGCUUCGUUUGGGAUGGUCCCAGUUGUCAAAGCCAUUAUCGAGAAUGAUCUAGAUCUGGAUAUAGAUGCUCCUGGAGGUCGGGUAGGAGCUACUCCUUUGUGUAUUGCCAGUGUCCGCUUCAAUUUCGAAGUUGUAGAAAUAAUACUUCAAGAAGGAGCGGACCCAGAAAUUUCUGACCCAGGUACAUGGCUCAAUGUUUUUGAAUUGUCAGAGCUGCAGUCUCAUCAAGGACUCCAGGCUAUUCUUACUCGUGCAGGUAACAAGAAAAGACAAAGAAGAGGCAGCUACUGGUAUGGCAAAGCUUGA